AUGCCAACUCCAAGAAACCAUUCUAAGACCUACUCGGUCCCAAAGAGACCUUUCGAAAUCGCCAGAUUGGAUGGUGAGUUGAAAUUGUGCGGUGAAUAUGGAUUGAAGAACAAGCAUGAAAUCUACAGAAUUGGAUACCAAUUGUCCAAGAUCAGAAGAGCUGCCAGAGACUUAUUGACUAUGGAUGAGAAGAACCCAAGAAGACUUUUCGAGGGUAAUGCUUUGAUCAGAAGAUUGGUCAGAGUGGGUAUCUUGCCAGAAGACAAGAUGAAGUUGGAUUAUGUCUUGUCCUUGAAGAUUGAGGACUUCUUGGAAAGAAGACUACAAACUCAGGUGUUCAAGUUGGGAUUAGCCAGAUCUGUUCACCACGCCAGAGUUUUGAUCAGACAGAGACACAUUGCUGUUGGUAAGCAACUUGUUACCAUUCCAUCUUUCAUGGUGAGAUUGGACUCCCAAAAGCACAUUGACUUUGCUGCUACUUCUCCAUACGGUGGUGGCAGAGCUGGUAGAGUUAAGAGAAGAUCUGAGAAGGCUAAGGCUGAUGCCGCUAAGGAUGGCGAAGAAGCUGAGGCUGCUGAAGAGGAGUAA